AUGAGCGCUCCGCUGCGCAGCGCCUGCCAGGCGCUCAUUCUUGUACUCGGCAUCCUCUUGCUUCUACCGACGGUCGCCCGCGCCGGCUUCAUCAACUUCGACAAUUGUUUAGACCAGCAAAUUGUCAACUCAAAGCCGCUGCAGCUGCAGUGGAUACCGCUAUGGGUGGAUGCGAAGUUCAAUCGAUCAACUUAUACACUUAAUACAACGAUAUACGGGAAUGUGUCGGGACAGCAGUUUGUGGGGACGUACCCUUCACCAACCGACCCGCAGUGGAACGAUCCAAGUCAGUCCUUUGGCAAGAUUGUGAGCAUCGGAUCGAGCGGAAACUACACGACGCUGUUGGCCGAUUUCAAGGUCUUGACGUACGACGCCUACAAUGCCAAGGCGGCGCAGUUCUGUCCGUCUGUUAUAAACGGCACAUGCCCGCUCGGCCCUUACUUCAACGCCAACGAUACCAAUCCAUACACUCUGCCAGCUUUCUCCAUCCAGCAUGACUUCGGGGGCACUUACUCCUUUAGCUCGCUUCAAGGCACCAUCCGCGUGAUCUCGGGCGAUACUGGUGCACCGAGUCUGGCAUGCGUCAACACGAACAUUACGCCGGACCUUGGACCAACGAUUUCAGGCUUGCUUACAUGGCUACCAGCAGUGAUUCUGAUUCUCAAGGGCAUCUCGACACUGUCCGCUGCCAUCUGGUCACCGUGGGGUAGCGCUGAUAUCUUCCGCUGGAGCAGCAACUACGGCAGAGAUCCGGACCAACUUCGCUUGGUCACGCCAGGUUUCGGAGACUGCCUGCAGUAUAUUCAAUUUGUUACCUUGACUGGAGCGCUGUCGCUGCAGUACCCGGGUUUCUAUCAGCCAGUUGUGAGCCAGACGAGCUGGUCACUGUUGCUAUUCAAUGAGAGCUACGUCACUGGCGGCAAUGGUACGCAAAGUCUUGUCGAUGGGAUAUACACCUUCAACGGCACCUACGGCAUGACAGCGCUGUCUCAACUGAUUGGUAUGACCUCUGUGGUCGAUAUCUGGGCGUGUAUGGCAAUAUGGCUUCUGGUUGUGGCUGGAAUUGUCGUUUUGCUCUGCCAGCUUGGCUUCUUCGGACGCUGGGUCUACCGGACUGUCACCAACACCACGGAAGAGGAUCUCCGUCAGAAGAACUUGCCAUUUACGCUGGGCAACUUGAUUCGCCUCCUCUUCAACUACUUCAUCCUGCCGAUUGUCUCACUGAGCUUGUUCCAGCUGGUCAUCUCGGCCUACUCGCCCGCCAGUGUGGUAGCCUGCGCUGUCGUCUUACUCGUAAUCCUGAUCGUGGCGGCCGGCUGGGUGCUCCGCAUCAUCUUCACCACUAAACCGCGUACCUACCUCUUCGACGACAUGCCGACAGUGCUGCUUUACGGACCGCUUUACAACACCUACAGCGACAGCGCGGCGCCAUUCGCGCUCGUCCCAGUCCUCAUCACCUUCAUGCGCGCCGUGGCGCUCGGAGCCGUCCAGCCGAGCGGUAUCGGCCAGAUCAUCGUCCUCGCCAUCUGCGAAGUGAUUCUCAUCCUCACUCUCAACGGCUUCCGCCCCUUUCAAAACCAGACCAGCAUGAACUCCUACCAUACCUUCUUCGCCAUCAUACGCCUCAUCACCGUACUCCUCUCCAUCGCCUUCGUACCCUCACUCAGCGUGAGCGACGCACCCAAGGGCUGGAUCGCAUACACGAUCCUUAUCCUCCACGCUUGUGUACUCAUUUUCGGCUUCUUUGUGAACUCGCUGCAGACGCUGGUGGAGGUCAUAGCGCGCUCCUUCGGCGUUGGCGGAGAUUCUCAGACCGGCGCAGUGAGAGGUAGUAUCUUGAACUGGCGCAUGCUCAAGAACCGCAAGACUCCGCCAGCGAGGGGCGACAGGGGUAGUAUGACCAGCAACGCGGCUAUUCUACAGGAUACGGACGGCAGGAGCGCUUAUGCGGGAGGACGCAGCAGGAGUAUAUCGACGAGCAGUCAGCAACUGCUCAACCAAAUGACGGGUGGCGGCGGUGCACCAAGCGUAAAUCGGUUGAGUGGGUUUGAGAACUUCUCGAGCGGUGGCGAGCUUGUCAGUUCGCCCAGCGCGGAUACGGAUAAUGGGCAAGGUGGGUUCACUUUCUUGCCUUCUCCGAACGGCGAGGAGUCAUUGCAGGGUGUUAAGCCUGGGCUUGUCGAGCGAAAGGAUACCGAGCAGUCGUACUAUCGGCCUCCCCGACCGAGACGGCUCACCUCAGACUUGUUCGCAACUCCAGGAGGGAAGACCAGGCCAAGCGAUAACGGCGACUACCCUUAUAAAGAUUCGCCGGACCCGACCGCUCACAACAGAGUUAGCAGCUACGAAGGCGGUGGCUUCCCAUUCACGCCUGGCCGCGAUUCACCCGCUCCUGCGUACUUCCGGGAUGCAAGGACUGACUCGGCGGAAAACCUACCGCGCCCGGAUUAUUCCGUGCGCGAGAUGGACCAAUACUAUCGCGGAGCCGCACUCUCGGACCAGCCGACGAGGAAACUGAAGACUGGUCCUGCUGACCCAGAAGGCCCCGCUGCAAGCGCGCAGGGCUGGUUUCAAAAGCUCGUGUUUGGCGCGAAGGGAAAGCAAAAAGAGCCUACCAAAGGCUUUGAGGUUGUGAGGUCGACGCGGGUUCCA